AUGGCCAGCCCUCUCUCUGCACCCCUAUUUCUCGGAGUAGUGCUGGGUCACCCAACGCAACAACCUUUACUAUCCUCAAUUCAAAACUCCGGCUUGCCCGCAAACUACACGAGUUUCGAACUGCGGCGUUAUGGCAUCUCCAGUCAUGGGGAUCUAGUUCACAUGAUUAACCUGAUGAAUAAAGCCAACAUCGACGUAUGGCACCUCACGCCAAGCCACGUGGAUGUUCACAUGGAUACUACGGCCGACUUGCCACUCUCCUUGGCUAACCGGCGCUCAUCUAAACAUCCGAAAAUAGAUUUAUCUUCACUACAAGAUAAUGAGUUUCACCGAGCCUAUCACACAUAUGAGGAGAUAAAUCAAUUCGUCGUCGCUCUGGCAUCUCAGUAUCCUAAACUAGUCGAAGUCGUCUGGUUAGGAGCAUCGUCGGAGGAAAGGGAUGUGUUCGCCAUCCGGAUUGGGAAACGAAGCCGCGCCGGAGGCAAGAAAGGAAAGAAACACAAGAGCAAGGACGAGAGGAAGAGCAAUAAAUCUACUAUUUGGGACACACAUCCGCUUGUAGAGAUGGCUCAUCAUUAUGCAGGAAACUUAAUCAGCAGACUGAUGGAAGUCGGGGAGCUCAUUUUGCGUGGUCGUGCGACUACCAUGCGAGAUCUGUACUCGAACCCUAGGUUUGAUGCGAUAACGCUAAGCCGACCUAUCAAGGACAGGAUGGUUAUCCAAGGCGCGCAGCACGCCCGGGAGUGGAUAGCUUCAGCAGCUGCUCUUUACAUUGCCCACGCUUUGGUUACGCCUGAGGGCGAGCCCGGAUCGCUCCAACAUUUAUUGAAUAAAUUUGAUUUCACCAUUAUUCCCGUUCCCAAUCCCGACGGCUAUGCGUACACCUGGUCCACUGACCGAUUGUGGUACAAGAAUAGAAUGCAGCUUCAACCCGACGCUGCAUACCAUGAGUGUCGGGGUAUUGAUAUGAACAGGAACUGGGGAUACCAGUGGAACGCGUCAGACCGCUUCUCUGGAAGCCCCGAGGACCCAUGUUCACACUGGUACCCUGGCGCAUAUCCAUUCCAAGCGCCUGAGGUAACUGCCAUUGCAAACUACAUCCGCCGUACUCCCAAGAUCCGAGGGUUCUUGGAUCUACGCAGUUAUGGACAACAGCUGAUGUACCCUUACUCGUAUUCGUGUGAACAUGUUGCACCACAUGCGGAGAAUCUGAUCGAAGCCGCUCUUGGAGCGACCAAAGCGCUACGGGAGACUCAUGGUAUUCCGUACACGUCGGGAGCAUCGUGUGAGCUUUUGUACCCGGCACCGGGGAAUAUCAUCGAUUGGACAUACGGAGAUGCAGGGAUAAAAUACUCGUACAGCUUGAUGCUUCGUGAUACUGGAACAUAUGGAUUCCUGUUACCACCUCGGUAUAUCCAACCUGUUGGAGAGGAGACAGCUUCAGCGGUCAAGAGCCUCGUCAAAUUUAUCGAAGACGAUGGCAUGUAA